GAGCAUACAAACAACGAGAGAAAUAUAGAAUUGAAGUUGAAGGCACCUGAAGAACAAAAAGUUUAUGCCACCACCAGAAAAUAGGUAAGAGAAUAAUUUGCCACAAUUUGCAUGCAUACGAACAUUCUCACUAAUCGCAACUCCGGCUUCGGAUCUUCCGCCACUUCCCUUUCCCAAUCUCUUCCUUCAUCAGCUCCAGUAGAAUCCUUUUCGCGCUUCAGGAUUCGGCAAUAAUUGUAGAUUCCAUUGCUAUUUGCUGAAAUUGAAUCGCGUGAAUUUGCAGACGAUACUGUUUUUAAUUUUUUAGUGGCGCAAUGAAUUUUUUGAUGCGGUCUACAAGUGGCAUGUAUGGACCUGUUCCUCCUCCGGAGCCUCGUUCUGAUACCCAUCAAAGGUCUGCAUCUGCUGGAUCUUCUUUGGAGACUCUUGUGACUAAUGAUCCAUAUGCACGCUAUGAUGCCAAGGUGGAUUUUGGCAUCAUUAAUAAGCACUCCGAUGUUGACGAGGAAGAAGGAUGGAUUACCAUUCCAUGCAAGGAACUUCCAGAAAACUGGAAUUGUGCACCAGAUAUACUGUCUCUGUGCUCUCUUGAUCGUUCCUUUCUUUUCCCUGGUGAACAAGUUCAUAUAUUGGCAUGCUUGUCUGCAUGUAAGCAGGAUACGUCAUUGUUCAAAAUUGCUGCAGCGAUAAGUGAGAAUGGCACUGGCCACAACCCCAUGAAAGAAAAUGGAAACACUGAAAACAUAAAUAAUACAAUGUCUGGAGAAGGGGAACUGAGUACCGGUGAUGAACAACAGUUGGAUGAUGUUUCUGAUGUUGAAAACCUUCUUGAAAAAGAGGGUCUCAAAAAACAAACUUCAAUAUUGUUGCAAAAGUUUGAAAAUUCUCACUUCUUUGUGAGGAUUUCCGAGUCAGAUGAUCUUCUUUGGUCCAAAACAAGCUCUUCAGAAAACACUUCUAAUGCAAAUAAUGAAAAGGGGUCAAAAAUCACAUCUGAAGGAUCCACAUUGUCCUCUAUUUGUGCUGUUAUUGAUAAAGGAAAUUUUGAUUCAAAUGUUUCUGGUGGAGUGGCGAGAAAUUCUGCGAAGUGCGGUGCUUUACCUAAUGGAGACAUAGUGGUUAUUUUACAGGUGAAUGUUGCUGUUAAUUUUCUUAGAGAUCCUUGUAUAGAAGUUCUUCAAUUUGAAAAACUUCAGGAGAGAAUGUCAUCUCCUGACAGCAGGGUGGAUACAAUUUAUACUGAUCGAGAUUCAUGUGCAGACCUGUUAAAUUGGAUACUUCCUUUGGAUAACGGGAAGCCUUCUAAUUGCCCACCAUCUCCUCAUUUAACUUCAACUUCAGGAAUUAAUAACUCCUCUCAGAGGUCCAACAUGUCAGGAUCAUCUAGCUCUCAAAUAUUCUCCUUUAGCAAUUUUAGAAGUUACUCCAUGUCAUCAUUGCCGCAACCUGUGAAUCCUCCACCUGCUCCUGUUAAAGCAGCUAGUUCCAAACCAAGUUUUGAUAUUGAGGAGUGGGAUCAAAUCUCAUCUCAGAAAUAUUUAUGGAAAAAAAUGGGGGCUGAAGGACUUCUAUCUUUUCGAGGUGUUUCAUUGGAACGAGAUAGAUUUUAUGUUUGUUGUGGAUUAGAAGGCCUAUAUACACCAGGAAGAAGGUGGAGAAGGAAGCUUGAAAUAAUCCAACCAUUAGACAUUCAUUCUUUUGCUGCUGAUGUCAAUUCGGAUGAUUUUCUUUGCGUUCAGUUAAAGAAUGUUGCUCCUACACAUGCUCCAGAUAUUAUGAUAUUUAUAGAUACCAUUACUCUUGUUUUUGAGGAGCUAGCACAAAACGGAUCAGUGUCAUCGUUGCCGAUUUCAUGUAUUGAAGCUGGAAAUGAUCAUUCUUUACCAAAUCUAGUGCUCAGGAGAGGUGAAGAGCAUUCUUUUAUUCUUAGACCAGCAACUUCUACAUGGAAGGGUCCCGAGAUUCAGAAUGAUAGAAGUUCUCCCUUGUCAAAGUUCCAGCUUAGAAAUAAAACAUCAAAAAUAAAUCUCAAAAGACAAAAGACUGCUUUAAUUAAUGAUCAGUAUUCAAUUUUGGUGUCAUGUCGAUGCAAUUAUACAGCGUCAAGGUUGUUCUUUAAGCAACCAACCAGUUGGCGACCACGUAGCUCAAGGGAUAUUAUGAUCUCUAUUAUGUCAGAUACGUCAAGACAGUCUCCUUCAGCUUGUGAGAAAACUUGCCAACCUCCCGUACAGUUCUUAACUCUCCAAGCUUCAAAUUUGACCUCUGAGGAUCUAACUUUGACAGUGGUCGCUCUAGCCUCAUUUACUUCAAAAGCCUCCCUGAAUUCAUCGACGAAUCCAACAAGCGCUUCUAUAGGUUUCUCAGACAUUUCAGAAAGAGUAAAUGACGAUAGGGGAAUUGGGGCCACCCAGGGACAAAGUUUUACUUCUGUUGUAAAAGAUAAUGAGAAACAAAGUAAUGAGGACAAUGCUCAGGCUGUUUCUACGAGUGAUGAAGUCAUUCCUAGUGCCAAUCUUAGCUGUACACAUCUAUGGUUUCAUAGUAGAGUACCACUUGGAUGUGUUUCUUCUCGAUCCAAUGCCACUAUCAAGCUUCAACUACUUCCAUUGACUGAUGGCAUAAUUGUUCUGGACACUUUGCAAAUUGAUGUCGAGGAGAAAGGUGUUACCUAUAUUCCUGAGCGUUCGUUAAAGAUAUAUGCAACUUCCGGUAUUUCCUAGGGAAUUAUGUACAUUGGACGUAUAGCUGGUUGCAUUUUACUCGGGUGCAGUAGAAACAAAAAUGGAUGAUUUGCAUACUGAAUUUUGCAAACUACUCUUAAUGGCACAAAAUGGGUAAUUAGCUUGGACUUCAAAUUGAUCUUUCGACUUACUUUCAAUAGCUCAAAUGCCCUUUAUUAGUUGAAAAUUGGGAUGAAGUCGGGAUGUCAGUUUAUGUUAAAUAUAGUUACACUUUUGUGUUGUAGACCCACGAGCUUAAAUAUAAGCUUGUUACACAUCUCUUGUAGGGGAAGAAUGUAAUUUUUAUUCCUAUCAUCUAACUCGCAGAUUUUUCACUGUCUUGAAGGAGGGAAAGAGAAAGAAAGAAAGUGUUUGGUUCUUUAAAUUU